GGCCGGCGGGCCCGGGCCUAAAAGGCGGCGCGGGCGGGGCUCCUGACGCAGCGGCGGGCGGCGCGCACACUCCCGCCUGGCUUGCGGCUCCCGGGUCUCCCAAGCCCGGCCGGCGCGGAGAGCAUGGCGGCCACGGGCCCGAAGCGGCGCGCGCUAGCGGCCCCGGCGGCCGAGGAGAAGGAAGAGGCGCGGGAGAAGAUGCUGGGCGCCAAGCGCGCGGACGGCGCGGCCCCGGCGGGCGAGGGCGAGGGCGUGACCCUGCAGCGGAACAUCACGCUGCUCAACGGCGUGGCCAUCAUCGUGGGCACCAUCAUCGGCUCGGGCAUCUUCGUGACGCCCACGGGCGUGCUCAAGGAAGCGGGCUCGCCGGGGCUGGCGCUGGUGGUGUGGGCCGCGUGCGGCGUCUUCUCCAUCGUGGGCGCGCUCUGCUACGCCGAGCUGGGUACCACCAUCUCCAAGUCGGGCGGCGACUACGCCUACAUGCUGGAGGUCUACGGCUCGCUGCCCGCCUUCCUCAAGCUCUGGAUCGAGCUGCUCAUCAUCCGGCCCUCCUCGCAGUACAUCGUGGCCCUGGUCUUCGCCACCUACCUGCUCAAGCCGCUGUUCCCCACCUGCCCGGUGCCCGAGGAGGCAGCCAAGCUCGUGGCCUGCCUCUGCGUGCUGCUGCUCACGGCCGUGAACUGCUACAGCGUGAAGGCCGCUACCCGGGUCCAGGAUGCCUUUGCUGCUGCCAAGCUCCUGGCCCUGGCCCUGAUCAUCCUGCUGGGCUUCGUCCAGAUCGGGAAGGGUGAUGUGUCCAAUCUAGAUCCCAAGUUCUCAUUUGAAGGCACCAAAUUGGACGUGGGGAACAUCGUGCUGGCAUUAUACAGCGGCCUCUUUGCCUAUGGAGGAUGGAAUUACUUGAAUUUCGUCACAGAAGAAAUGAUCAACCCCUACAGAAACCUGCCCCUGGCCAUCAUCAUCUCCCUGCCCAUCGUGACGCUGGUGUACGUGCUGACCAACCUGGCCUACUUCACCACCCUGUCCACCGAGCAGAUGCUGGCUUCCGAGGCCGUGGCCGUGGACUUCGGGAACUAUCACCUGGGCGUCAUGUCCUGGAUCAUCCCCGUCUUCGUGGGCUUGUCCUGCUUCGGCUCCGUCAAUGGGUCCCUGUUCACGUCUUCCAGGCUCUUCUUCGUGGGUUCCCGGGAAGGCCACCUGCCCUCCGUCCUCUCCAUGAUCCACCCACGGCUCCUCACCCCUGUGCCGUCCCUCGUGUUCACGUGCGUGAUGACGCUGCUCUAUGCCUUCUCCAAGGACAUCUUCUCCGUCAUCAACUUCUUCAGCUUCUUCAACUGGCUCUGCGUGGCCCUGGCCAUCAUCGGCAUGAUCUGGCUGCGCUAUAGAAAGCCCGAGCUGGAGCGGCCCAUCAAGGUGAACCUGGCCCUGCCCGUGUUCUUUAUCCUGGCCUGCCUCUUCCUGAUCGCUGUCUCCUUCUGGAAGACGCCCGUGGAGUGUGGCAUCGGCUUCACCAUCAUCCUCAGCGGGCUGCCCGUCUACUUCUUCGGGGUCUGGUGGAAAAACAAGCCCCAGUGGCUCCUCCAGGGCAUCUUCUCCACGACCGUCUUGUGUCAGAAGCUGAUGCAGGUGGUUCCCCAGGAGACAUAGCCAGGAGGCCAAGAGGCUGCCAGAGGAGCAUGCACAGAGGCCAGUUAAAGCAGCUCACGGCCUCGAACCCACUCCGGUUCCCCACCGUCCACAGCUCAGCUGCGCAUCCCAGUCCCUCGCUGUCCCUCCCAGGUCGGGCAGCGGAGCUGCUGUGAAAACUCUGGUACGAAUCUUGUCCCUCAACUGAGGUCGAGUCAGGGGCCCAGGUGUGCCUGUGCUCCUGCCCAGGAGCAGCCUUUGGUCUCGUGGGGCCCCUUUUCCCUUCCCUCCUUUGUUUACUUGUUUGUUUGUUUUUUUUAACUUAAAUUUUGGGUCAACUUGA